GUGAGGGAAAAGGUAUAUUUUCUUCCUGGAAAAGUUGUAUGUUCUAACUUUAGAUUUACUUUAAAGAACCUUCAAAUGUGUUGUACAAGAUGAAAGUGAAAUGUUGUCAGAUAAAGUACCUUAAAUACUAAAUUUGACCCUCAUUAGAUUCAAGUUUUGCUGUAAAUGUUGCGUGUCCGUGUCGGUUUGUCCUCAAAUGUUUGAGUAAGGAGAUUAAGACUUGGCCUCGGUGAAAUCUGAGAUCUUUUAAAAGGACAUUUUGAGGCAUUCAUUCGAAUCUUCUUUGUGGUUUUAUGUGAUAUUUUUGGUCGUGUGCAUAUAUCAGGAUGAAAUGAAGACAUGGAAGUAUAUGAAGGAGGCGCCUGUCCCCAUUGAGCCGUUGCAUGCCUCUUGGCCAUUCCAAUUUUUCUUUACAGCACGAUGUGAUUAUUAUUUCAACAUCUCAUAUGGCUGCACCAUGCGUGCCGUCUGUUGCGCGUUUCCACGGAUCAAAUCGUUGUUGUUCACAAUCUGACGGAGACCACUGAAGGAAGAGUCAGAGUCACGAUGCCGCACGCAGCCCCCCGCCCUUAUAUUCCCUCUGAGCUUCUGAAUGUAUAAAUCGCGUCACGCUGCGCUCACAUUUGGGCUGUAGCCCGCAGAUAGAAAGAGAAAAAAAAAGAAGAAGAAGGAGAAAAAAAACCAUGACGUGAGUGGUUGACGACGCCAAAUGGCAACUGUUGAAACAGCCCCUACCUGCAGCCCGCUCGCUGGUGCCAUCACGACCCCGUCAGAGGCGUUUCAGCACCGCGACGCGCCGGACAGCUCCUCGACUGUCGCUCCAUCUGCACAGAGAGGAACAGAGAACACCUUCUUUUUCCUUUAAAAAUACUUUGUGUUUAAUUCACAGCACUUUGUUUCCCACCACACCCACACCCCCCCACCCCACCCCACCCCUUCGAACUUUUCAAAGAGAUGGAUACUGGUCGGCCAGCAAACGUCUCCUUUUUCGAUUUCGUCGGCGGAGUUCAACUCCUCCGCGGCGACGACACCAGGGCGGCCCUGCCGGUCGUGCUGAUCGGCAUCUGCGUGUCCGGGGCCGUGGGGAAUCUGCUGGUGCUGCUGAUUUUCAUCCGCGACUUCCGGGGCGCGCGGGGCUCCGAGGUGAAGGCGCUCCUCGCCUCCUUGGCCUCCGCGGACCUGGCCAUCCUGCUGCUGUGCGCGCCGGUGCGCGCCGUCACCUACUACGCGCGGACGUGGACGCUGGGCAGCUUCGCCUGCAGCACCGCCGACUGGUUCCAGCACUCGUGCGUGGUCGCCAGAACUCUGAUCCUCGCGGUCACCACCAGGGCCAAGCACACCGCGGGCCCCGGCUGCAGCGGCGCCGCCGCCGAGGGGCCCCUGUACAGCCCGACGUGGAUCCACGGAGCCCUGGCGUUCAUCUGGAUCGGUGCCAUGAUCUUCUCCAUUCCGCAGAUGCUCUUCGCCUCCGUGCAGACGCGCGGCCGCGACACCGUGUGCGUCUCCGAGGUGCCCGCGUGCGCGUCCGACUUCAUGGCGUUGUUCUACAAGGUCUACCCGGCGGCCGCCUUCGCGGCGCCGGUCGUCUUCACGCUCGCCUACUACACCAAGACGCUGCACGCGGCGGUGAACCGCGCGCCCAGCCCGCGGCACCAGAGCAAGGUGACCCUGGUGCUGCUGUGUCUGAGCGGCGAGCUGGGGCUCCUGCUGCUGCCCGAGUGGGGCACGUUCACCUGGAUCCGCCUCGGCUACGACAGGCCUCCCGUCGGCCUCGUCGUCUGCGCGCAAGUGCUGGUUUACGCGUGCAGCGCGCUCUCCCCGGUGAUCCUGAUGACCAUGUACGACGACGUGCGCCGGGGACUCGUCGCCAUGUGGCUCGUCGCCACCUGCAGGCGCUCGAGGAACGCGCCCGGCGUCCGGGCUCCGACGACGACGGAGGGCAACGGAGCGGAGGCGGGCGCCGACGCCGCCGGGGAGAAGGACAAGGUCUUCCCGCCGGACGUGGAGCACUUUUGGACGGGGCGCAGGAACACGCGCGUCGAGGAGGAGCAGGACCCGGUUCCCUGGGAGAGAGAGGAGAAGAUGUUGUAGAGGGACUCGGACGAGUGACACCAAGAAUUCAACUCCCCCGCGGGCUUCUAUAGUUGUGUUGACCCCCAGAGUCAGACCCUCGUUGAAAGGCUGUAGUGGCCUGUUUGCUGUCGUGAGAUUGACCAUAGGUGUAAAAAAAAAAAAAAAAAAAAAGGAAAAGGAAAAGAAGAAAGAACUUGUUUUGGUGUUUCAACAUGUUUCUACUUUAUGAAUAUUUCUUCUCGCCUGCAGUAGAGCACCUUUUAUUAUAGAGGAGGUUUGUACACGAGAUGAAUCAGAUGUAAAUAUCCAGGACACUCGAGCAUCAAAGGGGCUUGUGGUGAUUGUGUACAUGUGAUGAUGCCUAACAUGGAUAUUAAAACAUUCUCAAAUGA